AUGUCAGCAGCUUUCACAGCUCGCGAUGCACACAGCGUCACAGUGUCUCUCGAAGCUCAGAAGCUCAGAAGCCACAGCCACAGCCUCUGGGCUUUGGGCCUGAGACAAUGCCCGGGCCCCGAAUUGGCUUUGGGCGAUACCCGGACACUCAGAGAGGAGCCGGCGAUGCUUCGGAUGCAAAUUGCCGUAUUUGCCGUAUUGCUGGCCUGCGAGAGACUGCCGGAGAGCAGCUUGGAAGGUGCAAGUGUGGGUUCCACUUCUGGGCCAGUGCUUCGGAAGAAGCUCUUCGACCAGAACGUCUCGGACUGGGCAUCGAGAUAUCGGAAGCACAAGCAGAGCUUGGAUCAGACGACGAGGGACUGUGAGUUGCUCCGCGCAGACGUGGCGAAGCAGGGGGCGGAGGUGGAUGAACAGGUGCAGAAGUUGGCGGAGUUGGAGGACAAGUAUCAGAACCAGACGUUGGCAAAGCACGCAGAGACCAGGGCCGCCCUUGAGGCAGCCGGGCAGCGCAAACAACAGCUGGCCCUUGAAGUGGGCGAAGCUCGGAAGUUAAAGGCUCAGCUGGCCAAGGAAUGCAAGUUGCUCAAGGCAGACUAUGAGCGCAGGCAUUCCGAGCUGGCGCGGGGAGCGGAGAUGCGCGACAGGCUAGAGCAGCAAUUGAUGACCUUCACACAGCAGCUGAACCAGGUUGGGGAAGGAACAUGA